AUGUCUCUCAAAGCUGCUGAGGGUUUCACUGUGACGACGUUCGACAUGCCUGGAAUGUCAAGAUCAUUUAAUGCGCCGCCCGAAACGUACCAGGAUGUCACAGCCCAAAAGCUGGCCACCAUGGUGAUCGGUCUGAUGGACCGGUUAGACAUUCAAUAUGCCUCCUUUUGGGGCUGCAGCUCGGGCGCGUUAGCUGUCCUGGCACUAUGCGCUGACUAUCCCGAACGGGUUCGCAAUGGAUUACCACAUGAAGCGCCUACGUGGCUCACGGACCAUAUCGCCGAUCUUCAGUCUCAAGACGCAGACUCCAUCGCGGCAACCAUGGCCCUUCACUCGAAGGCCGCUUCCGGGAACGAAGCGGCAUGGUAUGCGCUUGGUGACGAGGUGCACGAGAGGCUUCGCAAAAACUAUCCUGGCUGGGCGAAUGGCUACAUCACCAAGCUGACUCAGUCUGCACCCAUUAGUGACGAGGACCUACACAAGAGACCGAUAGACUGGACCGUGGGCGCGGGUACUCCAACUUGGCAGUUUUUCAACAACGUCGUUACCGCAACUAAAGCGGGUAUCCCCAUCAAGACUCUUCCGGGAAACCAUUUUCCCUAUGUCUCACAUCCCGAAGGCAUGGCAAAGCAUCUUAUUGAGACGACUCGAAAGUAUCUAUAG